AUAAGACUGAAGAGGGCGCCGAGGACCAAGAUCACGGGUAAAGGGGGGACGGGACAGCAGCUGGCGUGGGAAGGCAAGAUCCAGGGAAAGUGCUUAGGAAGGGGAACCGGCAGCAUUCUUAGGGCGGAGCUGAGAUGAUGUCAGUGACCGAGGGAGGGCACAGAAAUGUCUUCCAAGGGGAAACAGAAACAAAAGAGCACAACAGAACCCAGCACCCCAACACUGCAACAUUCGGGCUCUGAAUGAAGAGUGUGGAAGAACGUCUUCCCAGUUUCCAACUUGUGGAUGGUAAAGAAAUACAGCAACUGAAUGUCCAGUGGCUGCGAGCACAGCUGGGCAUUGUGUCCCAGGAGCCCAUCCUGUUUGACUGCAGCAUCGGCGAGAACAUCGCCUACGGAGACAACAGCAGGACUGUGUCACAGGAGGAGAUCGUGAAGGCAGCCAAGGAGGCCAACAUCCACCAGUUCAUCGAGUCGCUGCCUGAUAAAUACAACACCAGAGUGGGAGACAAAGGAACUCAGCUCUCCGGUGGGCAGAAACAGCGCAUCGCCAUCGCCCGUGCCCUCGUUAGACAGCCUCGUAUUUUGCUUCUGGAUGAAGCUACAUCAGCUCUGGAUACAGAGAGCGAAAAGGUUGUCCAGGAAGCCCUUGACAAAGCCAGAGAAGGCCGCACCUGCAUCGUGAUCGCGCACCGCCUCUCCACCAUCCAGAACGCAGACGUCAUCGUGCUGAUUCAGAACGGCAGGGUCAAGGAGCACGGCACACACCAGCAGCUGCUAGCACAGAAAGGCAUCUAUUUCUCCAUGGUUAGUGUCCAGGCUGGGGCAAAGCGCUAGUGAAGUCUGACCAUGUGGGACGUUAAACAUUAAACAGUUGUGUUUAAACCCGUCAGUUGGGCCCGGAAUUUAGCUCAGUGGUUCUGCUGCCUGCCUCUCAAACAAAAAGACCUAAGUUCAAUCCUUGGUGCCAAAAAUAAAAAUAAAAAUAAACCCAUCAAUUGAUCAUAAAACAAGCCCUGGAUUAGGUAGUUACCUAUUUAACAUUUCCUGCUACAACUGGAUAAUUUCAAGUUCAAUGUCAUCAAAGACUUUGUAAUUGAAGAAUCAUAAAUAGAACCACUGUCAAAUGGAGAGUGGAUAAUGGUUUUUGUCCAUUACAUAAUUCAUAGAAGGACUUAAUGUAAUUUUGGAUAAAGUGUAAUUUUAUUUAUAUUUUAUCAUUUCAAUUAUAACUGUUGCUAUAAAAUUUUAUCAAAAAAAAGUGCUGAUAU